CCUGCCAUCUCAGAGGUGAAGUGGGGAAGUUAAAGCAGCAGAUGAAAUACUGACUCAAAUGGCUGUGGCUUUUGGUAAUCUCUCUGUUUUUGGUCCCAACACCUCUGCAAGCCUUUCGCCGCAUUCUGCGUCACCUUGGGAGAAAAUUCCUCUUCUCUUGGUUCGAGUCGACCUCAAAUACUUGAAGAUCCCCAUUUCACAGCCGGCUUUGGAUUACCAAAUUUUGACUGCCCCAAGAAACCCAAAGUUUUGCUCUUUUUCAUCAUUCAUUUAUUGGGAUUUCUUGGUUGACUUCUGGCAGUACGAAGGAUGAUACUAUAUCCGUAUCUGCUCUCUUCAACUGAGGGUUUUCAAUUUGUCCUGGGUUUUAAGCUAAUGAUUAGGAAAAGUGCAAAAGAUUGAAUUUUUAAAAGGUAAGGGAGCUUGAUUAGGAGACUUGUUGUUUCUUUGGGAGUCAUUAAAGAAUUAAAGGUAAAUGGUUUGACUGAUUCUUUAUUUUUAAUUGAAUUGAAUUCCUUGUAAAGUUUUUCUUUUUCUUUACUCUAUUAUUUGCCCAUAAGGACUGUUGUAUAUUAAAAUGGAAGUUUUAAU